UGACUAACAGGCAGUGCUCUCUCUCUUUGAUAUACUAUCAGCUGGGUUUAUCAGAGUAUCAACACAACCUCCCCACUCCUGGACUCUCCCCUUCUAGCCAGCUCUCCUUGCAGAGCAGGCAAGGGCUGCGUGGGAGCUGAGCUUACCUCCUAUUUCAAGGAAUCUUAACAGCAGGUUUUAAGAUACUUAUUUACUUUUCUGGUCUGCGCAGGAAGUUUGAGCUAAAAAAAAAGAUAGAAGCAUAAUUACUCUGGCACGCCUGCAUUCCUACUCCAGGCUCAGACGGGCAGGGACUCUUUCUUGUUGGAGCCAGGAAGAGGAUCUUAUCCCUGGAGAUCACUGCCACAAACGUGUAACUGAAACCUGCAGCCAUGCUGAAACAGAUAUUAUCAGACAUGUACAUCGAUCCUGACCUGCUGGCAGAACUCAGCGAGGAGCAGAAGCAGAUCCUCUUCUUCAAGAUGAGGCAGGAACAGAUCAGACGGUGGGAGGAAAGAGAAGCUGCUGUGGACAAGGCUCCAGCAAAGAAGCCACUGCCAAGAAAAGCCAAUGGGAAGUCGGUGACAUGGAAACUCGGUGCUGACAAUGAUGUCUGGGUCUGGGUGAUGGGCGAGCAUCCUUCAGAUAAACCAUAUGCAGCCAUCUGUGAAGAGAUCCAGGCACAAAGAGCAAAGUGCUUGGCGAGAGAGCAGGGCAAGGAGGGCAGAGAGACUGACUCUUCUAUAACAUGGUCUCUACACCCACAACCAGGACUACUGGGUGAGACAGAUCUUCAUGAGAAUAAAAAAAGCACUGUGCAGACAAAGGAGGAACGUGGGAGAAAAAUGACGGAUACAACAACCGGGAAAAGCCAGGAGCUCACAAAGAGGGGAACCAGAGAUGUUCACCAGAUGCUGGCAGACUGCCAUAUGAGGAAACCUAGCUUCCAAAAGCCAAAGGAAGCACAGAGGAGAAAUUCCGAAGAGACCACAGACUCCCAGGAGGCAAUACCACAGAGCCACCCCAGCACAGAGAGCCAGAGAACAUUGCAGAAAUCGGAUGAGAAUGAGCCUGAAUGGCAGGAAUUCUUGCGGAAAUCCAAGGCAGCAGAUGAGAAGAGACGCUCCCUUGCACGGCAAGCCAGGGAUGACUACAGGAGGCUUUCACUUCAGGGCAUCCACAGAGGGAAGCAGGCAAAUAUUUCCAAGGGGGCCAUAGCAGGAGAUCGGCGACCACUCCAGUAUCCACCUCUCCCCCCCAAGCCUAAAAUUCUACCUCCUGUGACAGCAAAUGGGAGAGCGAUUAGGAAAGAGGGAAUCCAGAGAACAAUCUCCAAUUCCACUGAAGAAAGCAUCAUCAAGUGGUUCAAAGAGGAGCAGUUCCCUCUCCGAGCUGGCUAUCUGAAAACCGUGGACACAAUAGCACCUUGGUUCCAUGGUAUCCUAACCUCUAAGAAAGCGGAGGAGCUUCUAGAUAAAACAGUACCAGGGAGUUUUCUGAUCCGGGUCAGUGAGAAAAUCAAAGGCUAUGUGCUCUCCUAUCGGUCUGUGGAAGGAUGUAAACACUUCCUCAUUGAUGCCUCCGGUGAUUCCUACAGCUUCCUUGGAGUGGACCAGCUGCAACAUUCAACGCUGGCUGACCUUGUAGACUACCACAAGGAUGAACCCAUCACUUCCUUGGGGAAGGAACUGCUGCUUUACCCAUGUGGCCAAGAGGACCGAGAGCCAGACUACAUCUCUCUCUUUGAGUGAACCUCCCAGUCUCACUGUGCAGUCCCAUGCUUGUAUUCACAAAGACUGAACUUGGAACUAGAGCUGCUGAUACUUACCUGAAA